AUGGCGGAAGGGGACAACGGCGAGGCGGCGGGGAGAUCUGGUGAAGCCGGGGACGGAGGAGGCGGCGGCGGCGGCGGAGGGGAGGAGAGUGUGAAGCUGUUCGUGGGGCAGGUUCCGAAGAGCAUGACGGAAGCGCAGCUGCUCUCGAUGCUCAAGGAGGUUGCCCUGGUCGACGAGGUGAACAUCAUCAAGGACAAGAUCACCAAGGGAUCCCGAGGUUUUCAGUCGACCCUUCCUCCCUCUAAUUCGUCUCUCCUCGUCUCCGUCCGUUUCUCUUUCCAUUGUGAAUCUCUCUCGGAUAGAGGGCCAUGCGAACGGGGCUGCUGCUCGUAGAUCCGCACGCUGCAGGUUGCCUUUGCAUGAACAUCUUCUUCCUGGGCCUCGCAGGGUGCUGCUUCGUGAUAUGCCCCUCAAGGCAGGAAGCGGAUAAGGCAAUCGAUGCAUGCCACAACAAGAGGACGCUGCCAGGGGUACGGCAUUGGAUCCCCUCGUUGCCUCUCUUUCUUCGUGAUCUCAAGUAGGCUAAUUGGACGACGCCACCCUCUUUUCGGCCAACUUUGUCUCUGGUUUCGAUCUACAUUUUUGUCCAUUUGGGGGUCCGGUUUAUUUAGUCUAUCGUGCUGAUUUUUGUCUAUUUUUGACCAACGUGGUCGCUUUCUGUCUUCUGUCUGGUAUUCUCGGUGAGGGAAGAAAAUUUUGACCUAUUUUUCCACGAGUCUGAGGUUAUGCUGGGGCCAUCUGAGGUGAGUGGCUCGAGGAACAAAAGCCAAGUAUAUAAAAUUAUGUUCAUCCGCCGAGCCAUGAAUUCUUCACUCAAUUAGAAGCAAUGUAUGGUAUAUCUUCGACAUGCAUGCCUUUCUGGACCUGUGUUAGUUUGUUUUAUUUUCACCCGUUGAAGGAAGUUGAUAAUUUAAAGUAAUUUUCAAACCAAAACUGUACUGCAAGGUUGUAGAAUACAAAAAUACCCAAAAUUAAGGACAUCAAAUUUGGCAGAAAUUUCGUCGGAGAAGUUAGCGUUGGCACCGUUAGAAUUUCAGCUAUCAUUACGAAAGCCCUUAGUAUCAUUGUGAUGGACAGUUGAAAUCAGGCUGCAUGAGUUUCUGUUCAAAGAGUCUCUGUAACUAGGCUGAUAGUUUAGAAUUUAAGGCAUAAUUUUGUUUGAAGCUUGAAUGCCUAAUGCCAUGUCUUAUAAUUUAUGCAAAUAGUAUAUGAACAUCCUGAAACACAUCCAUCACUGGACAUAUUUCAUGCCCGAGCUUAUUCGUAAGGGAAAAAUGAGUAGGUUUUUCUUGCCAUUAAAGCGAUCCAAUGGACAUGGAUAACCUCUCGUUUAUGGUUCCACUGGAAGGAACCCCGAAUGGAUGUUCUCCAGUCAACUGGAUAUCAGAAUCCAAAAGUGCGUGGAGCCACUUAAACCUUUCCAACUGGUUCAUCAACGUCAGGGAGAAACACAGAACAAAAGGAUACAGGGAAAUGAUUCAAUGCAUAAUUUUUUAAGAAGUGCUUGAAUAAAACUCCCAUUACAAUUUCUUUACUGCAUGGAACCUGAGGAAAUGUGUGAUUUAUUUGGGCAGAAUAAGGGAGGAUCCGGAAUAAUCCAAUCGCUUUGAUCAUAACCACGGUCAUAGAUGAGUGAUAUCUUGGAUAUGGAGUUGGCUCUAAUAAUAUUACAAUCUAGUUCCAGGCACUUUUGCCUACAAAUCUUGAGAUGACUGGAUCAGAGCUUUUGUCAAAGGCUAGGAACCACUACUUCUAUUAAAAAAGGAGAGAUGGCUGUUAGGUUCUACAGAAAGCUUCAUUUAAGGUUCUUUUUAAUCAUCACUCGUAUGUAUUUUAUGAUCUCCUGAUCAGCUGCGGGUCUUCCUUUUCAUCUAUAUACGAUAUUAAGGAUUGUCAAUGAAUCCCCUCCCUCCUUUUUUACAGCUAAAAACCAAUUGCCUCGCACAAUCUUUUAACACGAGGCAUUUUAUCAUGAUGUGAAUUAAAUUGUGGCAUGAAAGUUUUAUGGACUUCAUGCUUCAUAAAUAUUCAUGCGCAACCCGAUUUCCUACAUUUGUAGUCACCAAUUCCAAGAUCACAAUUGUCUAGGCUUUGAUCUUCCUCGUUACAUCUGUUGUUUUUAAUCUCUAUAACGCUUUCUUUCUGCUUUUUCCAGGCAUCUAGUCCAUUGCAAGUAAAAUAUGCAGAUGGCGAGUUGGAAAGGCUAGGUAAAGCUCCAGAGGAGAUAUAUAUACAUAUAUAUAUAUAUAUAUAUAUAUUUAUUUAUUUAUUUCGCAUGACAGGACGUUAAAUAUUUGUUUCUUCUCUCCGGUAUUUGUUUGCGGUUACUAUGCCAGGAAUUCUAUUCUGUCUUGUAGCAUAUGAUGCUAGUAUUUUGGUUUAGACGGAGUUUCUCAACCCUUGUUUAUGUAUUUCAGAAUGCAAGCUAUUCAUUGGUAUGCUCCCCAAGAACGUUACCGAUGCUGAGGUCUCCACAUUAUUUUCUAAAUAUGGCAAUAUCAAAGAGAUACAAAUUCUUAGAGGCUCUCAACAGACAAGCAAAGGUGUUCUGCUUAUUCCUCUGUUUUUAAGUGCCUCUUUUCCACACACACACACACACACACACACACACACACAUAUAUAUAGAUAUAUAUUGGAGUACUAGACAUUUUUUUAUGAAAAAUAUGCCGCAAAAGAUGGUUUCGUGAUUUGAAUUUGAAUUCAUCUAGCAGGGUGCGCAUUUUUAAAAUAUGAGACAAAGGAUCAAGCUGUGGCAGCAUUGGAAGCCAUAAACGGAAAGCACAAGAUGGAGGUUGGUUUCGGGAUCCACAUGAUUUCAUAUUUCCUAUCUUCUCAUCAUUUGAUUCAGAUCGUUGUACAAAUUGGAAAGUUCUUGUUCAGUGCAUAUUGUUUAAUGGAAUUGAUAGCCAUUAAUGUAAUUAUCUCCUUGCCUAGGAAGAGCGGGCGUCAACCAAAUAGAACAAUAUGGAAUUAUAAAAAACAGAUGGGAUCAGCUUAACGGAUCACUGGGUGACAAUUGCCUACCAGCUCUCUGUGCCUUGAAAGACAAUAGAUCAUUUUCUAGACUUCGAUUUUUUUUUUCAAAGUAUCUCUUGAAGACAAAUGCCAUGGGACCAGAAGAGCAAAAAAUUCCUUUCAGAAAGCUACUAAGAAAGAAUUAUGAUUUGGAUGAGCCAAUCAGUUAUUCUCUCACUCUGUAGUGUACACGACCAAUGGCACCUAAAACUAGUCUCGCAUUACUACACUAUCAUAAAAUGUUUUUUUUCUCGGAAAAACUUGCAUUAAUCUCUGUAAUCUUAAACUCGUCGUCCAGAUCAUAAAACUAAAGGGAAACUAUGCUUUUUAUUAUUUGUGUUAGACAUUUGGGGCCACGCAUAAGAUUUGAGGACGGUAUCCUCAUUUUUUUUGUAGAUACUUUUUUUAAAUUUCCUAUUUUCUAAAUUUUAAAUUUGUAUUCUGAUGAAACCUAAAGUAGGUACAUUCAACAAAAAGGAAAUCUGAAGGAGAUCACAUAUUUUUGUGACCUUUUUGUCACCAGGAAAAGAAAAUUACAUCAUCAUCUUCUGUCUUAUAUUUUCUGUAUCAUUACCUAAUGCACCUCAUCAUAACGUCGUAUAUGGGUUUGAACUUCAUGACACGCAUUUGGAUUUCAACAAAAAGGAAACCUGAAGGCUAUCACAUGUCUUUGUGACCUUUUCGUCCCCAUGAAAAUAAAAAACCACAUCAUCAUUUUCUGUCUUAUAUUUUCUGUAUCAUUACCGAAUGCAUCAUAUUACGACGUUGAAUAAUGUAUGCUACCUAGAUUAGUCAGAGAUAAUGCAUCCAAGUGCUUUGCUAGUAUCCCAUCACCUGAAAUUCCUAUUGCUUUUUCAGAGCUCUCACCCUACGUGUCUUCAUACAACUCUAUUACGGUCUAGCUUAUUUUUCUUGUGAAGAAAUUAAAAUUCGGAACCUGUUGUGAAAUUUCUAAUGGUACAUGGACAAAAUCAUGCCGUGCUUUUCCCACUAUUGCUUGUCUUUCAUGUUCAACCCUGAGUCUAUGGGCAAUUGCUUCUUUAGGUCAAUCGUUGGCUAUCAAUGUGUAAAUUAAGUUACAGCUAAUUAGCGUGAUCUAUGGUACAAACUCUUCCAUUGUUAAAACUUUAGAUGAAAGUAAAAUUCCCAUCACUCUCAUUGCCGAUUUCCACGAGUAUUCAAUUUUCAUGGUGUGAACUGUUUUCCAUUUUUCUGGUCUGGUGCUGAUUUUGGAACAAUCUCUUCAAAACUCUGUUAUCGCUUGUCUGUGUCAGGGUUCAAAUGUACCUUUAGUUGUCAAAUGGGCGGAUUCAGAGAAGGAAAGACAAGCUAGAAGAGCUCAGAAGGCCCAAUUUCAGGCUUCCAAUAUGCCAAGCGCGCCCUCAGCUCAGCAACCUUCGUUGUUCGGAGCUCUACCAAUGGGAUACAUCCCUCCAUAUAAUGGAAUCAGCUAUCAGGUAUUUUCGCAGCUUUGUAUUUCUGAGUCAAUGAUCUUUCUCUUACACGCUAUUUUUCAUGGUCCUCUAUCUGCCUAGAAAUUUUCACAUUCACGUGCAAUUUUUCCCUUCUGAUGCAUCAUUUUUCUCUUUUGCAAACUAGGGUUUUUUUUUUUCAUGGCAUUUUGCUCACCGCAUAACUUUUACUCCAUCUCCCCCCGCUCCAGACACCUGGAACAUACGGAAUUGUACAGUACUCUUUGCCGUCUGCCCAAAAUCAGCCGGCCUACCAUAAUAUGGCUUCCCCCGGUAAUCAGAGAGGUUCAAUACACGGCGUCAAUGCUGCCAUCCCUCCGGGAAUAGCGCCGAGACACUAUGCUGCAAUGCAGUCUGCAGCUUAUAUGGGUCCCUCGUACCCUGCCAUCCCAGGUUUGCAGUAUCCUAUGGCGUACAAUGGGAGUAUAAUGAAUCACGGGCCAUUGGCUCAUUCCCACAGCGCCGUUCAACCUACAAUGUUGAGCAGUGAUUCUGCAGCAUUUCCGAGCAUCAGAUCAAGUUAUGGGGAAAAUAUUGAAGGUCGACGAGACAUUCUUCUAUUAAAAAUGCUAUUUUUGCCUGUUAUUUUCUAGCAUCUUGGUUGCCCAUGAACUGAAUCAACCCAUCCUUUGACCAGGUCCCCCCGGCGCUAAUUUAUUUAUUUAUCACAUCCCCCAAGAGUUUGGUGAUCAGGAGCUCUUCAAUUCUUUUCAAGCAUUUGGCAGAGUCUUGAGUUGUAAGGUUUUCGUCGACAAGGCAACUGGUCUCAGCAAAUGCUUUGGUAAUCCUCCUCCACCCUCGCCUCUUCCACCAUUUCUGGAGCUGAUAGUUCUUUCCAAGCCUUGUGCCCUGAUCGAGCUCGCCUCUCCAGGGUUUGUCAGCUACGACUCACCCGCCGCGGCACAGACGGCCAUCAGCAUGAUGAAUGGGUGUCAGCUGGGGGGAAAGAAGCUGAAGGUGCAGCUUAAGAGAGAGAACAAACAGAAAAAACCAUACUGA